UCUUUUUUUUCGGUUGUGGUGUGUCCCCGCGAGCGAGUGAGAGAAAGAGGGAGAGAGGCCAUAUCGGGGCGGAACGGCAAGUUGUGAAAUUCGGACGCGAUGGGCCAGCAUGUUUCCCGGACGGAUUUCGAGUGGUCUGGGCAGGAGGAACCGCACGCCAGCAGGAGGAAAUUGAUUUUGGCCAAGUACCCGCAGAUUAAGAAGCUGUUUGGGUAUGAUCCUCGGUUCAAGUGGGUGGCCAGCGGGAUGGUUCUGGCCCAGUUUGCGAUGCUGUUUGUGGUGAAGGAGGUCCAGUCGUGGAAGAUUAUUUUGCUGCUGGCGUACUUUUUGGGGGGAGUGAUUAACCACUCGUUGAUGCUGGCCUGUCACGAGAUAGCGCAUAAUCUGGCCUUUGGACACGCGAGGCCGAUGGCGAACCGGCUGUUUGGGUUCUUUUGCAACUUGCCGAUUGGGCUGCCGAUGUCGGUGAGCUUCAAGAAGUACCACCUGGAACAUCACCGGUACCAGGGUGACGAAGUGAUUGACACGGAUCUACCGACGAAGCUGGAGGCGAAACUGUUCUGCAACACGUUCGGGAAGUUCAUCUGGGUGUUUCUGCAGCCGAUGUUCUACAUCUUCCGUCCGCUGGUGGUUAACCCGAAGCCUCCGCAGAAGCUGGAACUGAUCAACGGCGUUAUCCAGCUUGCGUUCAACGCCGUCGUGGUGUACUUUUUCGGGUGGAAGGUCAUGUGCUACCUGAUCAUUGGAUCUCUGCUGGCGAUGGGACUGCACCCGGUGGCCGGCCACUUCAUCUCCGAGCACUACAUGUUCGCCAAGGGAUUCGAAACGUACUCGUACUACGGGCCCCUGAACUGGAUCACCUUCAACGUGGGCUACCACAACGAGCAUCACGACUUUCCGGCCGUCCCCGGUCGCCUGCUGCCGGAGGUGAAGCGAAUCGCACCGGAAUUCUACGACACCAUCCCGCAGCACACGUCCUGGACGCGGGUGCUGUUGGACUUUAUCACCGAUCCGGCCAUCGGUCCGUACGCCCGGAUCAAGCGAAAGGCCCGCGGUCUGGACUCCUAAAUGCGGCGGGCGCAGACCAACAAACGGCCCUUUCGCCGCACCGUCCGCAUGAGGUACGUGAGCGCGUGCCGCUUUAAGGUAAGACUUUUUUUUCGGACUUUUUCUCGUUACAAUUUACAAAAAGAGAGAAUCAAAAUCAAUCGCGCCAGAAUGGUUCCCAAAUUUUGUAUGGGGAUCAUAUCCCAGCCGAAGGUCCUAGAAUGUUGCGAAGCGCAACGCUACCCAGAGUGAAAUCUAUAUUAUAGCAUUAAGCUAGCAAGCAACAGCAGCAAAUUUGUUACUACACACAGUUACAUAUACCUCACGUGAGUUUUUUUUUUCUUACCGACUUUUAUUCGUGCAGAUUUCUUCGUUUAGCGCGCGCGUAAAUCUUGGAUAUUAGUAUGUCUUGCUAGGUUGGAUUUAACGGCAAACGUUUGCGCACCGCGCGUGUCUUUAGCAUUUAAGGGUUGUGCGCACACACAAACAAUUUUAUUUGUUACGAGUAGUUAACAAAGCAAAAACUACAAAACAAACACUUAACGAUGAAGAAUUGGCAUAACGGGCAGGCGUGCGUGUGUGUGUGUGCGCGCGACUAGCAUUAAUAGAUAGAAUAAUCCAAAUAUAACAAAGAACGUGAAAUAAAAGAUAAGAAACGAAAAGCGAAAAGUAUUUCGAACGGUGUAUAAAGUAUUGAUGUUGCUGAAUGUCCUAAUCACGGUGUAAAACUUGAUGUUAACCAUUCUAGAACUGACGAAGCGGAAAACGCAAUGCUGGGAGCUCUAUUUCGAUUUAUAUGUGUGGAAACCAAAAAAACAAAAA